AUGUUGGAGUGGUCGUCAUGCCCUCCAAACUCUCCCAGUCACCCCUUUUCCCAAGACUGGUCCUGCAGUUCCAGGAGUUUCUGGGUAGGGGCCAGCCCCAGCCCCUGCCCUCACAUCUCUGGGCAUGAAGCAGCCAGCACCUUUGUAAUCAAGCUCAAUGUCAAUGUGCCCCCCACUUCCAGGGCAGCAUUCUCCCCUACCCUAGCCUCAUUAGACUUCUCCUGAAUGUUCACAUACACUUUUACUGGAUGUGGUAAGGAGGUAUAGCUCAGGCUCUUCCCUCCUUCUGUCCCUUCUUCCAUCAGGUCAGAGGUCUCCUAUCCCCCUCAAACCCCCACAGGAGUCACCACCCCAGGGCCAGCAUAUGGGUGAGGGGGCACCCCCUGGGGCCUGAGCUGCCCCACACAGGAUGCCCCGUGACCCCCGCUUCAUGCCCUCGCUGCUACUGCUGUUGCUGCUCUCACUUCCCCACGCCCAGGCUGCCUUUCCCCAGGACCCCCCCCCUCUGCUGACCUCUGACCUGCAAGGUAUUUCCCCAUUAUCCUGGUUCCGGGGCCUGGAGGAUGAUGCUGUGGUUGCAGAACUUGGGCUGGACUUUCAGAGAUUCCUGACCUUGAACCGGACCUUGCUAGUGGCUGCGCGGGAUCAUGUUUUCUCCUUCGAUCUUCAAGCCCAAGAAGAAGGGGAGGGGCUAGUGCCCAACAAGUAUCUAACAUGGAGGAGUCAAGACAUGGAGAACUGUGCUGUGCGGGGGAAGCUGACGGACGAGUGCUACAACUACAUUCGUGUUCUCGUUCCCUGGGACUCCCAGACACUCCUUGCCUGUGGAACAAACUCAUUCAGCCCCGUGUGCCGCAGCUAUGGGAUAACUUCGCUGCAGCAGGAGGGUGAGGAGCUGAGUGGGCAGGCUCGAUGCCCCUUUGAUGCCACCCAGUCCAACGUGGCCGUCUUUGCAGAGGGCAGCCUGUAUUCAGCCACAGCCGCGGAUUUCCAGGCCAGUGACGCUGUGGUUUACAGAAGCCUUGGGCCUCAGCCCCCACUCCGCUCCGCCAAGUACGACUCCAAGUGGCUCCGAGAGCCACACUUUGUCCACGCUUUGGAGCAUGGCGACCAUGUCUACUUCUUCUUCCGAGAAGUCUCUGUGGAGGACGCCCGGCUGGGGAGGGUACAGUUCUCCCGUGUGGCCCGUGUGUGUAAGCGUGACAUGGGUGGCUCACCUCGGGCCUUGGACCGCCACUGGACAUCUUUCCUGAAGCUGCGGCUCAACUGCUCUGUCCCUGGGGACUCUACCUUCUAUUUUGACGUCUUACAGGCCUUGACAGGGCCUGUGAACUUGUAUGGCCGCUCUGCUCUCUUUGGGGUCUUCACCACCCAGACCAAUAGCAUCCCCGGCUCUGCGGUCUGUGCCUUCUACCUGGAUGAUAUUGAGCGUGGGUUUGAGGGAAAGUUCAAGGAGCAGAGGAGUCUGGAUGGGGCCUGGACCCCUGUGUCUGAGGACAGGGUCCCCUCCCCCAGGCCAGGAUCCUGUGCAGGAGUAGGUGUAGCUGCAUUGUUCCCCUCUUCUCGAGACCUCCCUGAUGAUGUCCUGACCUUCAUCAAGGCUCACCCACUCCUGGACCCUGCCGUGCCUCCUGCCACCCAUCAACCUCUGCUCACCCUCACCAGCAGGGCCCUACUGACCCAGGUAGCUGUGGAUGGCAUGGCUGGUCCCUACAGUAAUACCACAGUCCUGUUCCUUGGCUCCAACGAUGGGACAGUGCUGAAGGUGCUGCCCCCAUGGGGGCAAUCUGGGGGCCCUGAGCCCAUUCUGUUGGAAGAGAUCGAUGCCUACAGCCCCUCCCGGUGCAGUGGGAAGCGGGCAGCCCAAACAGCACGGCGGGUCACAGGGCUGGAGCUGGACACUGAAGGUCACAGGCUCUUUGUGGCUUUUUCUGGCUGUAUCAUCUACCUCCCUCUCAGUCGAUGUGCCCGGCAUGGGGCCUGUCGGAGGAGCUGUCUGACUUCUCAGGACCCAUACUGUGGAUGGGAUAGCUCCAGAGGCUGUGUGGAUAUCAGGCGACCUGGUGGAAUUGAUGUGCAUCCAGCUGGGAACCAGGAAUCCAUGGAGCAUGAUGACUGCCAAGAUGGAGCUACUGGGAGUCAGUCUGGCACAGGGGAUUCUGCUUAUGGCGUGCGACGGGACCUCCCGCCAGCCUCAGUCUCCCGCUCCGUCCCCAUCCCACUCCUCCUGGCCUGUGUGGCCGCAGCCUUCGCCCUGGGCGCCUCUGUCUCUGGCCUCCUGGUCUCCUGCGCUUGUCGCCGCGCCCACAGACGUCGGAGCAAGGAUAUCGAGACUGCGGGGCUCCCGCGCCCUCUCUCCCUUCGCAGCUUGGCCCGUCUGCACGGGGCGGGCCCAGAGCCGCAGCCAACGUCCAAGGACGGAGGGGGGGCACAGACACCCCAGCUCUACACCACCUUCCUGCCUCCUCCCGAGGGCGUACCCCCGCCGGAGCUGGCCUGCCUACCCACCCCGGAGUCCACGCCGGAGCUGCCGGUCAAGCACCUCCGCCACGCCGGGGGUCCCUGGGAGUGGAACCAGAACGGGAACAACGCCAAGGAGGGCCGGGGCCGCGCCCGGGGCGGGAACAUGGCGGGCGGCCCCGCGCCGCGCGUGCUGGUGAGGCCGCCGCCGCCCGGCUGUCCCGGGCAGGCCGUGGAAGUCACCACCCUGGAGGAACUGCUGCGCUACCUGCACGGCCCGCAGCCGCCCAGGAAGGAGGUCGAGCCCCCGGCCGCCGCCCCUUUCACCUCGCGGGCGCUGCCGCCCGAGCCCGCCCCCGCCCCCGCCCUCUUUGCCGGCCCCAGCCUGCUCCCCCGGGACUGUGCCACGCCUCGGAGGCUGGACGUGCCCCCGGAGGGCAAGCGCCCGGCCCCCGCCACCCGGCCUGCUCUCUCCGCCCCAGCUCCCCGGCUCGGGGUGGGCGGCAGCCGGAGGUUGCCCUUCUCCACGCACCGUGCACCCCCCGCGCUGCUCACCCGAGUCCCCUCGGGAGGCCCCUCCAGGUACUCCGGGGGUGCCGGGAGACACCUCCUGUACCUGGGCCGGCCUGAGGGACACCGGGGCCGCGCCCUGAAGAGGGUGGACGUCGAGAAGCCCCCGGUGCCCCUGAAGCCUCCCCUCGUCGGACCUUCUUCGCAGCCGGCCGUCCCUAGUGGCAACCAUUUUAACUUUUAAAGGGA